ACAAAUGAAGGUGAUGAUGAUCCAGAUACAGCAAGGUUGCCAGAAUUAGAUCCUGAUGGUAAUGAUGAUGACAAAAAUGCCACGAGUAUUUUAUUUGAUGAUGAUGGAGUGAAUGGAUGGACGAGUCCAAAUGGCUCAAAUUUAUGGAAUUUCACGAUAAUGACACCUGAAAGAGAAGAAUUUUUAUAUUAUGUUUCAGAUUUUUCUUCUGUCUCUCAUAUUGGCGAAUUUUUAGCAGAAGUAAUUAACAAAAUCAUUGAAUGUAUUAAACAAAAAAAAUCACAGCAAUUGUUGAUAAUGGUGCUAACAUCACCAAAACUAGAAGGACCGACUAGCAAGGAUAAAUUAUUUGAACCACAUGCACAAUUGCCAUUAAAAGCCGGAUUGGAUGUAAGAGAAGAUUUGGGUUCAAUGCAAAAACAAUCAACAUCACCACAUCUAUUACAUUCGGAAUUUGGAACACACAUGGAAAAAUUGUCCAGACCACAUAAUAAUAAGAAGACAAGAUGA